UGUCCAACACUGUUUCAUUGUUCUGUUCUCUUCUCUUUCUACUGGUGCUGUUUUGGUUUUUUUGUGCAAUUAUCCAUUAAAGAACGCACCGAAACUCGAUGCACAUGCCCUGUGCACAACGUGUGGGAGUGCCCAGUGCCAGUUUCAUUUAUAAAACUAUGAGUUUCGCACGAUUUCCCGCGCAGCUGACCGCCUGACCGAUCAGAGUCUCACGCCCCCUCAUGUGUUUACCCUUUGCCUUGCGUUCUAUUUGCGUUUCGUGUCCGCUUUAAAUCGCCUCAUUUGCAUCAAACUCGUCUUUUACGUCACAACUCUCUACACCAGGCGGAGGAGUAAGUCACACACCCAUUCCCGGAGGAAACAUUUAGCUCCUGACCUGUUUUGAAGCCAGAAUGUGGAAGUGCCACAAGUGCGGCAAACCCGUUUACUUCGCGGAACGUAAACAAUCGCUUGGGUACGACUGGCAUCCGGAAUGUUUGCGCUGCGAGGAGUGUGGCAAACGCUUAAAUCCCGGCCAGCAUGCCGAGCACAAAGGAGUGCCCUACUGCCAUGUGCCCUGCUAUGGAGCUCUGUUUGGACCCCAGUUGUUUGGACAUGGAACCCGCGUGGAAUCCCACAAGAGCUACGGUCAGAAGGGCGCCCAGAAACCAGCUGGUGCUCAGGCCAAUGGCCCCGCACUUCCAAGGGACCACCUGGAAUCCAAGCUGAAGGUCUACAACCAAUUCUACGACAACAAAAGCUUGGAGAUACGAAGCCGCGAGGUCAAUAACCGCCUGGUGUUGGAAGGAGCUUUGCGUGUUUACUGGGGCGUCCAGGGCGUGAUUCACCUAAAGGAGGACGACGAUCAGCGUAUCUUGGUGCGAAAGAGGAAUUCCUGUCGUGUUUCCAAAGCUGCAGAUGAAAGCAGCUCAGACAAGGAAAACGAGGCCAGUGAGUCGCUGGCUCCGCCUACAACCACCACUGGAGAGGUCGACCAGCUUUCCACUGAUGUUUCACUUUCUGAGAGCAUGACCUUCGACUCCUGCAGUUUGAACGAGAUCUCCGAGCUCCCUACUACCCCAGAAGAUGCUUCGGCCAACACCACAUCCAACAGCAAGGAGGUGACCAAUGGGAAGGUGUCCAACGACGAUGAGGAUACAACCACAACCGAUUCAUCCGGGACUUUGGUGGAGGCGCCCACAGCGAGCACCAGCUGUGUGUCCAGUACACUGCCUUCUAAGUUGGAUAAUCUGGAGAAGCUUGACUGGGAUGAUAUUGAUGAUUUGCUGCAAGUGGAGAGGCGUCACAAUGACAAGGAUCGCAUCUACGAAACCAUGCCGGUCAAACUGCCUUUGUCGCAGUCCUCCAGCGACAGUUCACCAAGCAAAACAUCCUCAGAAACCACGACCACCACUGAAUCCAGUUCUACACAAUCGGCCUCGACCAACAGCAGCAGCUCCGACAACUUCAUGACGGCCACGGGAUCGUUGACGACCAAUACCAACACGCAAAAUACUACAACGGUGUCUACAACUGAAACAUCGCUGGACAACUUUGAGACUUGCGAUGAUACGACCCUGAAGCCGAUGGACUUCGAGGAUUUUAAGCGCAGUGUGCACCAGGAGUACGUAAAUGGGGCAAACUCUUUUAAGGAACCCAACGAGGACACCCUGAAGCGCAACCAGCCAAUUGAUCCCUCUCGUAUCCAUGAUUCCCUCAAGCUCUACGGCGAAAAUUCGGUGAUGAGCAAAAGCUUUAACUGCGAGCAUGCGUUACGCUCCAUAGAUCCCACUUUAAUCAACGACACCAUGAAUCUGCGCAGCAGUGUGGGCUCACCGCGAUCCACGCAGCGUCAGUACGCCUUGCAGAAAAGCGGAUCGGCCUCCGCGUCCACAGUGGCCAACAAAGAUCAAAAGAAGUCAUAUCAGCAGGGGCGGCAGCUAUUCGAAAAGGGAAUAAACCGCUCGAAAUCGGGACCCAGCUGCUUUGUAUACUCGGACAGCGAUGACGACGACGAAGCCACUCUGCGUCCGCAACGCUUGGCCACCAUGAGACGCAGCGAUGUGCCUCCCCGGUACAUUCAAAUCCAGAUGGAUUGUUAUCCCAAAGAGAAUGUGGCUGCCGGUAGCGAGGGUGAGUCAAGUCGUGCAGAUGCUCCGUCCAUUACCAGCGGUGCAGCUGCCGGCGAUGAGCUAACGCAAACCGAGGAGUUGUAUACGGCGAGCGAGGGAGUUGGAAGUCCGGAUGGAGAUGGCUCGGCUGGCUUGCAUGUAACGGAAGAUGGCGUUGUGCUGAGGAGGCCUCCGCGAACUGGAGCUGCAGCUAUCAAGCGGCGCAGUGGAAACCGUCGUUCUCGUACCAAGCUGAAACGUCGGUGCUCUAUCAAUGGUCACUACUACAAUCGAGAGACGUCGUUCUUCACGCCGCCCUACGGUUCUCAAAUGUCUGUGUGGGUCUCAUCGUUGGUGACUACCACAGAGGUUAUCAAUUUGGUGCUGGAAAAAUACAAGGUGGACAGUUCGCCUAGCAACUUUUCGCUUUUCAUUGUGCGCGACAAUGGUGAACAGAAGCGUUUGAAGGAUGACGAGUAUCCUUUGAUAACGCGCGUCACUUUGGGACCGCAUGAGGACGUGGCUCGUAUGUUUUUAGUCGACUCCCGCAAAACUGAUGAAAUCAGUAAUGAAGUUGCUCAAUUUAUAAAUUUAUCGAUCCCCGAGUGUCGUGCCAUUCUGGAGCGUUAUGAUCUGGAAGUGGCCCGUGAAGUGGCCAAAAUAAAGGAGAGGUACGCCGAAUUGCGUCGCCGUAUUGUGAGCCGUAUGGAAUCUCUAAAAGUGCAUUUGUAAAACAACAUAAAACGGAAUCUCUGUCAGAAGAGCAAUUUUUUAUUAGCCAUAACAUGAGUGCGGCCAAAAAAGUGUCGGCAGCAGCCCAGCUAAAAGUAUUCACGUUUUUAUACAAGAUUAUAUUUUUAUGUAGGAUUUAGAGAAAAUUACGAACUAGCAACAUUAGGCGCCCAGUGAACAAAAAGCAGCUGCUGCACGUCGCAAAUAUACAUAUAUAAAUUAUGUUUAGGGUUCGAUUCUUCCCAGCCGAAACUAACAAUCAUUUCCAGGCAUUUCCAUUCGUUUAGAAAGCGUUUAAGACUUGUAACUAACCAAAAAAUAAUUAUUAAUCCACCACAUUACCAUACAAUUUUUUGUUUUGUGUUUAUAAUCAAAAUAUGUGCUUUGUGCAGUCACGUUUAAAGCGGUGUCAUGUAUCUAUUGUACAAUGUUUAGCCUUUAAGCCGUGAGCACAGGUCCUGCUAGUAGCGUGUAGUUUAAAGCCAUUUUAUCGAGUCAUUGAACAAAAGUGUGAAAAUCAAUUUGAUUAGCAAUUGCAAUGCCUGCGAAACAAUAACAAUAACUGUAUACAUACUACAUAUUGCAUAACAUGGACUUGUUGAUUGAAAAUCAUUUGGAAACCCAAUAAAAUGUAAAGUUUUAAAAGAAAA